UUUUUGAUUUGCGCUGUUUCUGUAAUGUUCUGACACCUCCUCAGUGGAUCACACCUUCUCUCACGCGUCUCAAUGCAAAUGCAAAUGUAAAGAAAAAACAUAGGUCAGUUCUGUCAGACGUUCCAAGAUAGUUCGCGCUGGAAACCAUAACUGCCUGCAAACUUCCUGUCGCUGCCCCCAUCUCAUGCAAACAGAUUGAAGUUUUUCCUGUGAGAGUCUCUGCUAAAUUAAUGCUACAUAAGGAAUUUUGUUUCUGACCAGCUGAUGUCAAUGGAUGAAACCAUUUAGGUGAUUGGAAAAAAGAAAAACUGGUGAAAAAGAAUAAUACUUCGCUUUGAUUAUAGAAAAAGAACUCAAAAUGGAGGAAAACGGUGAAAUCAUCAACAGAGUGUCCUACUCAACUAUCUGGGCUCUAUUCUUCUUUCUGGUUGUCCUCCUCAUCCUGCUGUUUUUCCUGUACAAGUACUUAAACAAGGAAGCGAAUGGAAAAUACACUGUCCAACGCAUUGUAUUCAGGGAAGGGGGGUUGCGGGAUAGGGCCAGAGACGCAACUGUUGCCAUGGGAAACCGCUUGGGAAUCCAGCUGUUGCGUCAUAGCGAUGCAGACCAGGAUCAAGAGAAUGACGAAGAUGAAGAGGAGGGGCAGGUGAAUUCAAAUGCAGACGAGAGAAGUGAUCAAGAGGACGCUGUGCAGGUUGAGAAAAGUGAUAGUGCAGCUGAACUCAACAACAUGAAGGGGAACUCUGAAGAACAAAACUCAGAAAAUGGCUCAGAUGAGGAGGAGCAACAGCCACUUCUUGGUGAACCUGAACCAGAGCUGAAGGCAGAGGCAGGUAAGACCGAGGAGCCAGCAGCAGAUGAAGCACAGGAGAAGGAGGAGGAGGAGAAAGGGGAGCCGAGUGGAGCUAUAGUUAUCAACCUAAACCAGUUUUCAGGCAGUGUCCUCUGGUCCGAAGAAGAUGCAGAUAAAGGAGUGGGUGAUGUAACAGCACUGUAAAAGCUAAAACAACAUGUAAACCAAAACAUGCAUUUUAUUGGACAUCAGGCUCAGGCAACAUUAGGGGUGAGACGAGGUACAUUUCCACAAGACGAGAUGAGACACGAGAUUGGAUCUACGAGAAUGAGACAAGACGAGAUUUUGACAUAAUUUAUGAUACAUACAUUUGAUUGAUUGAUUUACUUUAUUUAAAACUUCUGCUGUCAUUGUAGCAUCGUUUUUGGGACUAGAGCUUCUGAAAAAAUAUAACCAGUACAAUGUCAAUACUUAUUUUUUGUAUCCAAUCUAAACGUAAAAACAAGGGGGGAAAAUCUCACAAGAUAAUUUUAUUUAUGCGAGCACAAUUUUAUGACAUUUUUGUGUUGUGACACCAAUUCUUGAACCAUCCUUGGUCAACAUGUACAUUAUAUUGUCUAUAGUCAGCAAGUAUAAGUUCAUCCUCAAAACUAGUAGUAAUGGCUUAAAUUACCAGGUGCUUUUUUUUUUUUUUUUACUUUUUUAUUUUAUUUUCUAUAUUCAUGUAUAAUGUUUUAACAGUUUAACAGAGAAGUUGGUCUGGUGUAACGCUAUACUUGACAAACAAACUACAAAAUCUAACAACAUAUCUGACAUUGUAUUUUACACUUGACACUGUCUCUCUGUAGUAUUUUAUUUGUUGGCUAAAUAAACUUGUGUAUUCUU